AUGAAAUUAUCAUAUACAAUCUUUUCACUAUUUAUAAUUUUUAAUUGUUUUUAUUAUUUUUCAGAAGCCCAAUCAAUUACUUCUAUUAGUAGCAUUUAUAAAGGAAUAACUCAAAAUGUAACAUUAACCGGUACUGGAUUCACACAAACAACAAAUCUUACACUUAAAAAUACUUUUUCAUUUUAUGGAGUUGUAAUUCAAUGUCCAUCAAUAGUUUUUAUUAAUUCAAAUAGUAUGCAAUGUGAAAUUCCUUUAGCAUGGGCAUCGGAUUAUACUCAAGUUGCAAUUAAUAAUACAUAUAAUUCAAGAUAUCUUACAGCCAUCUCUACCACAAUGGAUAAAGUUGAAAUUUUAUCAUCAAGAAUUGUAAAAGUUACAGGUGAUGCUUUAUUACCAGUAAAUUCUACUUUCCAACUUCAAAUAUACAAUAACACAAAAUAUAAUCUUACAUGUAAAUCUGAAACAUUAUACAAGGUUUAUUCAUGUGAAAUUCCAUUUGAUAACUUAUUAACCAACUGUUUUAGAAUUAAUUAUAUUGAUUCUUCAAGUUCAACUUAUGAAUAUGUCUAUUUAGGACCAACAUUAAAUUCAAUUGAAUUAUUAGGAAAUUCAUUGAAAUUUGAUGCAGAUGUUCAUUGCCCAACUACAGCUCCAUCUUUAAGUAUUAUUAUUAACUCUAUCCCAUUCUCAAGUAAUAUCCAAAAUUCAUUUGGUAAUACUUAUUUAUAUCAACCAACAUUCACUCUUUGUACCGACUUUUCCAAAUUAUUUAAUAUUUCCAUUACUGCCUCCUUUUCUUAUUCUUCUUCAAUUAAGUUUACUUCAAAUAUGAUUAAAUUUGAUUGUUCCAUUGGUAAAGCUACUUCCUCUGAUAAUGGAACAUCCACUCCUGUACCAACUUCUGAACCUUCCUCCACCCCAACUCAAACUCAAACUCAAACUCCAACUCCAACUCAAACUCAAACUCAAACUCCAACUCAAACUCAUACACCAAAACCAACAAUCCCAAAUGAAACAAGUGAAUUUUAUGAUUCCUCUGCAUCAAAUCUCUCGAUUACUAGCACUUUCUUUAUUUUAUUAAUGAUUGCUUUAUUAUUUUGA